AUUGCCUUAUUGUCUCAGCUGACUGUGGCCAGAAGUUAGUAUCAAUUCGUCUUUAGAAGCGUACGGUACAAUAGAGUGAAUGGUGAAUAAUAAGUUCGGUAAUUUUGUAGAGACCAGUACCCAUAGACCAAGUAAACCAAGAAUUGUAACAACAACAAGUGGCACCAAUGUUAAAGCGCAGAAUCUCCAACAACACACAAGCAGAGCGCAUAAGUGAAGUGAAAUAAGUAAAUAAAUAAAUAAAAGAAAUAUUAAAAUGAGCAAAAAAUCAUAAAACUAUAUAACUGUGUACUUAUGUCUUAUGUAAGUGUAAGUGAACUCAAAAGGCACACACACAGCUAUAACUAAAUAUAACAGUUAUAAGAUAUCUUGAAAGCAAAAGUGCGUGUGUAUGUGUAGCAGAAAUUGAGUCUUAUUAAAUUUAUUUGUUGCUGCUAUCGCGACGCUUUCAACAUUGUUGCCAACAAUUGCGAGUGUCGUUAUCGUCGUGGCGCACCAGUAGCAAUGCAAAAAAUAUAUAUGUGAAGUAAAAAGGCAAAAAGCAAAAAAAAAAAUUGUGAAAUUAACAUAAAAAAAUACGCGUGACUGUAAAUAAGCAGAAGUGAGUAAGUGCAUAAUAAGAAAGAUAAAAACAUACAUACUUAUAUGAGAAAGACAAUAACAAAGUGUAAAAGUCGCCCAUUAAAAAAAACUAAACACUGUUUGUCAGUGUGCGCGUGCGUGUGUAUUUGUGCAGCGUUUUCAACAAUUUCAACAAGUACUGCAGAAAUCACAAUACAGUGAAAUACUAAGUGCAGCAAGCAAGUAGAAGAUCGGCUGAAACAGAAAUGAACAGCGUUGACGGCGCACCCAAUGCCACGAUUUUAGCUGAGGGAGCCCCAACGAGCGCGACGGCAACGCCAAGCGUAACCGCAAAAACAAAAAAUACAAGCGCAAAACCAACAACGCCAACAACAACUGCUGCAACUACUGUGCGCACUAAAACAACAGAUUCGUCGACAACAACAAAUACGACAAGCGUAAUAAAGCCAACGGACGCUGAUGCCACCGAUGAAUUCCACGAAAGCGACAAAAAUGUACGCCACGUUGUCGUCGAUGAGCAACAGCAGCAGCAACCAGAACAAAAACAAACACGCCGUAAUGAAGCGCCAAUAAAGCAAAUAAUAAUAACAAAAACCAUAAGAGCAACAACAGCAGCAACAGCAACGGCGAACGGCGAAACAGCAACUGCAACAACAACAAUGGGCAAUACUAAUAAAACCAAUAUUGAAACAACAGACAAGACUACUGACGCAGCAACAACAACAACAACAACAGCGACAGUAACAACAAUUGAGACAACAAAAAGCAUUCAAGAUGCGAAAAAUAACGACGUUCCAAUGACAGAUAUGCCAAACGCAGAAGACAAUCGCGACGUCAACGGCGAUGAAGAGGAUGACGGCGGUGGCGGCGCUGACGACGGUGGGAAUGACACUACCAGCACCAACACCACUACAACAAUGGCCGCGGGGUCCACCGCAACUGCCGUCAUUGAUAACAUAACGACGCCGGCUAAGCCACAGCCAUUAUUGACGGCGGAAGGCGAUAAUUGCGAACUCAAUGAGUUGGAAUUGUGUCGCUGUUGUGGCAAGCCCAAUGUCACGCUCUAUGAUCUCUUCCCCAACGUCCCAACAGACAAGGCAAAUACAAUACUGGAGGGCGACACAAAUCUAGACGCCGUUGCAGUAAAUAUUAAAACAACAGUUGAUGUAAAUCAAGCGACAGUGUGCGAUAUUGCUGCGAAUGUUGCCAAAAAUGGAGCACAAAUACACAACAACAAAACGGUCGUUGACACAACCAGUGUUGCAACGAAGACAGAUGACAAUCCAAAAACGAAUACACCGAAGCGUUGUUAUCGCACUAUUGCCGCAUCUAUUGCUGCGGCAGCCGCCAGCGGUAGCAGCACAACGACUGGUUCGUGCAGUGCUGGCGCUCCCACCUGCCAAAAAACCAAUGACCCAAUUGUUGGCAUCGCCAUCAAUAGUGAUGUUGUUGCUGCUGAUCGCGACGCAGAGGUCGCGCCAUCGACAGCAACAAAAAGUGCUGCGCGUGUGAAACAAUCUGCAACAGUUGCCGCGACGGCAAACGAGAAAAAUGUGGACGAUGCGACCAACAAUGCAGAGGCGCAGAACGCCAAUGCCCAGGCACAAAACAGCGACAACAUGGAGAAUAUUUUGCAAGAGAUGCAAAUUUGGCGACUACGGAUAAAAUCCAAUGAUGGACUGCCACAGCGUAUCUGCUCGAAAUGUACCGCGCAAUUCUAUAUUAUCCACAAGUUUCGUCGUAAAUGCCUCAAGGUACAAAUCAGAUUGCGUUCGCUCUUCGACAAAACCAAUUGUUGGGAAUAUGAAGAAUUGUUGGCGCAAGUGGCGGACGAGCAAACGGAGGAACUGUCGACCGCGCUGGCUUCGAAGACGAAAUCGAAGCCAAAUAAUUGCCAAAGACUGCGCAACCAGGAGACGCAAACCACAGACGAGCUGGAGACCGCGUUGAGCGUGAAUCUGCCACCGGUGUUGGACAUUGGCAACGAUUUAAUUAACGAUAACUGCAGCAAAUCGCCGCGUUCGGGGCUGGAGCUCAACGUCAAUGCGGCCGAUACCGCCAAUACCAGCCAUAUCGGCAAAAUGGCUAAUAAUACGGCGAGUCUGAGCGGUAAUGGUAACAGCAGUGAGACGUCCAAGCUGUCUUCUAUAGAGAAGACAGCAAACGCUGCCGCAACUACAGCAACAACCACAUUAACAACGGUAAGAACGUCCUCCCCUUGCGCGAUGCAAAAUCCAUUACUGGGCGUUGAACCAACAAAGCCCAAAACGAAAGUGCCAAACAAUGAUUUGACGACGUUGGAUGUUGAGACGGCUCUGGGACGUGAUGUAAAUAGGCGCAGCGGUCGAAGCGUCGAUCAAGAGUCAUUGCUGGCAACGCAUAUUAUUUUUAAGCCCGCAACGGCGGCAGAACGUACAAAAGCCAACAAGAGAACAGCCUCACCAACAAACCCAACGACUGUGAUGAUGCGAACGCGAUCGGCGCGAAAAAGGCCGAUUAGUUGCCAGCAAAGCAAUGAGGAUGAAUUAUCCUUGGCCGCACGGGUGAAAGAUGGGGCGCGAGCAGAUGAUUGUCUUGCCGCUGUUAAUGACGUUGAUGAUGAUGAUGACGAUGAGGUGAAAAAUGAGGCAUUGCCGCGAACAGACGACGCAGUGCCGACCGACGCCGAUCAGUCUGUGGAGGCCAUAGCCAAAACGGCGUCGUUAUGCGCGUCUCUAUCUCCGUCUCCAACGUAUUUAAGCGGCGAGCCAAAGCAUGCCGAAAAUUGUGUGCAACGUGAGAAACGUGCAAGGGAACGGGAACGAGAGCGAGGCGGUGUUUGCGAAUGUGUACGCGAAGGAGAACGAGAAACAGAAGCGGAAAUCGCGUCAGCAGCAGUAUUUAUGGAUACGCGACACGCCCACUCAUACACAGCGACGACUAAAGAGGCGGUAGAGACGGCGGCGGCAACGGCGAUUUUAUGUGAUGCGGACACGUUAAUAGCGCGUUGUGGCGGUGAUUGUGGCGGCAAUGUUGUUAAAGCUAUCACAGAUGAGCCUCUGACCAAAAUUUCGAGUUCUUCGCGGAACAACAAGGUAGAAGACGACGUCGUUGAUUUGUUACAACCAGCUGUUGUUGUUAACACUACAAAGGCAACACCAAUGGACGUCGACACAUCGUCGGUGCAACAGAAACCGAUUAGCGGUCAAGCGGUCACAACAACACCAACAAUUGGCAAUAAUACCGAAACGAGUGCGACUGUAUCGGCGGCGGCGGUGACGGUGGCGGUGACGGCGGUGGUUGGGUUAAGUAAAGUACCGAGGAAUGAUGUACAAAGCAGUAAACAAACAGUGGAAGCGUCCGAGAUUAGUAAUUUGCCAAUUUUGCCGGCAACAACGACGAAUACGACGACGUGCAACAACGAGGCUGUGAAAGAUGGUGCGGCUGCUUUGCAGAUAAUUGCCAUUGAAACUGAUGCAAGCAAAGCGGCGACAUCGGCGGCAGUUGGGGCUAAUAAUAAGGGAGUUGCUGGCAACACUUUAAAGUCAAGUUUGAAUCGCACUUUGAGUCUGAGUAAUGUACAGGGCGGCGGCUGCGGUGUUGGCGGUAAGCAUCAUUUGGAAACUGAUGAACGCUUGGCUGCUGAAAAUGUGCCUGUUACCGUAGACGCUGAUGGUAAUGGUGAUGAUGAAGGCGUUGAAACGCUAAUAGCAACAGUUGAACAGCAAAGACCAACAACAGCUGAGCACAAAUACAACAUGGAAACUAUUAGGACUGCGUUCUCAGCAGAAACCGAUCUGCUAGAAACCGACCAGCUAGAAACCUCAACCGCAAACGAUCCCAACUCCGCUAGCGCGGUUUCCGCUUUCAUAACGAAAGCUGCACUCAAAGCUUACAGCACCUCACCGAAAUGUCGUUCGCUCGCACGUCGGCAUAUGCAGCACAAGCUGAGACGUACACUGAAGGGACCCAUCGGCCACUUGCUCGCCAAUUCGCCUGCCUCUACAUCGGCCGCCGCGGCAGCUUUCACCGCCAUGCAUUAUAAGAAGAAGCAGGUACGACGUAGCCUUACAAAACUAACGUCUGAGCGCGCGACGGCUCUGCUCGAUGGUGAUGCACCCGCAAUGACGGCGGCCACCAACGAUAUUGAUACUAAUAGCAUAGCGGAAGGCGCUGACUCUACGACGCUUCCAACACAACCAACAUUCUCAUAUUAUGCGACAGCACGUCGUGGUCGUCGACGACUUAAAUGGCGUGCACGCUCUCACCACCCUUGUUUCGAUAAACACUCAUGCACAGAGAGUGCGACAACUGAUUGUGUUGUUGACGUAGAUAAGGCUGAGUCGGUGACACGGCUACCCUCAUGUUUUGUACGCUUACGGCGCUUAGAAGCCACUGAGUUGUAUGAAGAGGUGACAAAGUCUAUGACGGCGUCAGCCGCAACAGUUGCAUUGCAACACACGAACGAAGCAGAUGUUCACAUCGCUUCGCUAAUGGACAAAGAGUGCGUAGCAUUAAAAGCCACUGACGCGACUGAAGAUGCCUCUAAUACACGCUCAGCGCUCAAACGUAAAUUAGCAACCGAUGAAAACGAAAGCACACAUUCGACGCGCUCACCUUGGCGCACCAAAGCCGAAAUGAAGGAAAGCCUACAGGAACAAACUUCCAUGGAGGAUGAGGAAGAUCAACUUGUGCUUCCCGCACAAUGUGAACCAAUACCUUUUGCAACACCCACCGAAAUCCAAAAGACUGAGUUAUACCUAACAGAGACGGCUUACAGCACAGAUGGAGAUAGUACCACGACAACCGCGGGUGGAAGUUGCACAGAACGGCGAAGCAAACGCAUUAAGAAGCGGCGCAAAUUAUUAGAGGAAACAAGAAGACGUGUUGUAACGCAAGGUGACAAUUCCACCGACGGCAAAGUGAUGCCCAUUAUUUUAAAAUUGGUGCAAGAGAAACUUCCGGAUGCGUGUGGCUCGUGCGCGACCAAACAAACUGAUGACAAAACAAGCGUUACGCCGAGUUCACAAUGCGCUUUGCCACGCCCAUUGACAGCGGCGCGUUAUCAUGUCGUAGGUAACUUGUCCAAGCCGCAGAAUAUAGAGAUUUCGAGCACUGAGACUCAAAAGCGACGUCGCUUCCGUCCCAAACGCUCGUGCUGUCGCGAUAAUUGCAGCUUGACUGAUGACGCAGCCACAACGGAGGACGAACAUGUGCCAAAUGUAAUGCAAAAGUCAAACAACAGCACCUUACCGCCACCGCUUAUCAGCCAAAAUAGGGGCAAGAUGGUAAUAAAUAAUGUGAGUAUAUUGAACGUUAAUGGUUGUGCUGAGGCCACCAAAGAAAAUUGUGAUAAUAAUAAAAAGAGCGUCGCAACGUCAUCUACAUCUGGCACGUCGGUCGGCUCAAGUUCGGGCAUGACUUUGCCCAGCCAAUUAGUGCCUUUAGUGCCCGUUUUACCAGCGCUCACGCCAACUCAAAGUGAACCAAAGAACACCGUUGAGGUCUCAACUACUGAUACUCCGCUAAUUUCAGCCGUUAAGCUGACUCCAACUAAAGCCACGCCUGCCGCGUCAAUGUCUCUGAAGACCUUUUCUACACUUAUGUCCAACACAACAAAUGCUUCGUUGUUUACCUCUCCGGUGAAAACGGACAUUAUAGAGUCACCCACGAAGUUUUCAACACAAUCGACACCGAUGAUGGCAAAGAUAACAGCGCUCACAUCGCCAACAACAACUUCAACCGCAAGCUCCAAUCCAGUGUCGGUUCUCUUACGCAAUCAGCUAAUAGUACGCGUACCGCUCUCUGCACUAUCUGCCGAUUUCCAAAAGAAAUUUUUGAAAACAACAAACGUGCAAAAAACACCGAUAAAAGCGACCUUGUCCGACACCUCAACGGUGACCACUGAAACGUCUAAAAUUUCAGCUUUGACAGCUAAAAUGACGAAAAGUUUCCAAGAGACAAAGAAAACAGAAACAGCUGAGAUCGCCCAUAAAAAAGAUGAGGCUAGAGAGCCAGCGCAAGCCAAAGAAAAUAACAGCAUCAACAGCAACAAAGAUGGCGAUGCUGAAGGUAAAUGCAUAACCAUUGGUAGCUCAGAAGCAACCGCAGAUACUUCUAUGAAAUCAACAGAACUACCGAAUGCCACCAACGAGCAGCCAACUAAUGAAAACCAAACUAUGGAAGUUAACUCGCAACCAGCGCAGCCCCAAGCGAACGCCACGAAAGCUCAAUUUAUGUCCUACAGCGGCUAUGCUUGCGGCAACAGCCAAUACGAGAGCGAGCAAAGUGAUUUUAUGGGCUUCAGCGACGGUACUGGGUCAAGUCCGAAUCGGCGCGUGGAGUGCCUAACGAACAACAACGCUUUGUAUUCGAGCUGCGCCGUACCAACAAUUUCAACGCAGACACCAGCGUCCACAGACAGUCUGACUGACACAAAAUUGCAUGAUUUCAUAAGUGAAUUCGCGCCUGAGUUCGCUGAUGAGUCCGAAGCGCCGCUAGCCAACGAAUUGCAAGCCACCUUGCCAGCCGGCGAAGUGACCGCUGCAUUACUCGCUGAAGCUGAGGCUGAAGCCGAAACAGUCUCAACACAGCAACAUACACAGCUGCUAAGCGAAACAAACUUGAGUGAGAUGCAGGAUGUGGAGACCACAUUAAGUGGGAUACUUAACGAAAUGCAGGAUCAACACAUCUACACACCGGUCUCAUCCAGCGCAGAUGACUUUUUCGCACAAUCCGUGUACUCGCCACUCUCCGAACCACCAACCACGCCCACACACAGCAUGUACGCCGAAAGUCCGCUUGGUGGCGUCGGCAGUGUGGGCAGCAGCAGCAUGGCCGGCGGUGGUGGCAGUUUGUCGGUGGCCUCCAGCCCUUACGUCCAACACAUGCAUAUGGAGCCGGCGAGCGUAAGCAGUGGACAGAUGUCAGAGCCAUCACCAAUAUCGGCGCCCAUGUCUGUCGGUCCACCGACACAUCAGCAACAGGCGGCGCAGCAAGCGCAAGGUGCUGCUGCUGGUUAUGGCAAGCAAUAUGGCAAUAAAUACGGUGAAUGCUUCACGGAGGACAGCACACAGUCAGAGUUGAUCGGCUUCCAAAAUGAUAUACCCUGCUUUGAGAACAUUGAGUUGGCGGGAGCAGCUGCCAACAAUGCGUCGGCUAGUCCUGCAAGCAGCCAAAAUGAGCAAAGUUCGCAUGACUUGGAAAUGCGCGCAUUAGCAGCGGUGUCUCUUGAGGAGGCGACUAAUUGCAAGGUGGGCGUUGCAAAGGCGGAUACUUUACAAUAUAUGGGCACUGACAUGAACGCCUGCGUCAAUGAGGCUAACAAUGGUGUGCAGGUGCAUGCGUCUGCAACGGUUUGUAAUGAAAACGACGGCUCUACGAAGGAGUAUUCAGUGGAUAAUGCGGCGUUCGCACAGCUGCUGAAUGACAUCCAGGAGACAGAGAGAGUGGUGGAGCAACGUGCGCGCGCGCAGGCACAAGAGGAUAAGGCACAGGAUGAAGUGGUGCACAAAAAACAACACCAGCGACGACAGCAGCAUCAUACAGUACCGCAGCCACCUUCAGCUGCUGUUCAACAACACCAGCAUGCGUUGCAGCAGCAAAUGUUGCCAGCAGAGGGUGCGCAGCCGCAGCAAUUAAUUGAACAACAGAUGGCGCAACAACAACAGUUGCCGCAGGCUGAGCUACUAUUGCAACAGCAACGCGAAGAAGAAUUACUCAAACAACAACAGCUGCUGCAGCAACAGCAGCAACAACAAGAGCAUCUUUUGCAGCAGAAAUUGUUGGAGCAACAACAGCAGGAACAGCUAAUGCAGCAACAACUGUUGGAACAACAACGGCGACACCAACAGCAGCAACAUCAACAACAGCUGUUGGAACAACAACGUCAACGGCAGCGACAACAACAACAAAUGUUGGAACAGCAACGGAAACAGCAACAACAGCAACAGCAACGUCCACAAAUCGUUCAUCAAACUGUGCUUGCCACACCCAAGCAACAGCAUACACAAGCUAACGCGCACACUCAAAAUGGACAACAACAGAAACAACACUACAUCACCUUGCCGCCCAGCUGCGCCUACGAGGCGGCGCAACUGCAACUGGCACAAGCGGCCAACGCCAUACAGCCAAUACAAAAUCUGGGCGUUGGUGUGAACUUGUACGCCCACGGCCUCGGCAGCGGACAAGAAAUCCAAUGGACGUCCAGUGCCGAUCUUACGAGCCUUUCGCCGGCCAUCAUCGAGGCGCCAGCCGCCGGUGGCGGCACCACCACCUACUACAUUAGCGCCAGCGAUUUGUAUCAGCCUAAUUUGAUUGCCACCACCGGUAUGUCGCCACAUUUGGCUGGCACAGCGCAGCAACAUGGCCACCACCACCAACAACAACAGCAUCGCCAUGCACUUGAGUUAAACAAAUCAUCGGUGGUCGAUGCAAACGAGAAUUACAUUGAAGGCGCUGCCUCCACAGUACAGCAGCGACCAGCGUGCCAACAGCAACCACAACAGCAGCAACAAAUAAUGAUUGUGAUACCGCAAGAUUACGGCAAGCAUGGUAGUAGUGGCGCCACCCCACAAUUGUACGCCACAACCACCGGCACACCUGAACCGCCGACCACAUAUCAAUUGUCGCAGGCGCCACAAACCGUAAUCAUGCAACAUGCACAACCACAAAUGACGGGACAAUCGUUGCCGCACAUGUCAACGGUACAGGUGAACGGCAUCAAUUUGAGUCCACAAUUUAUCGCUUCACCAACAGUGAAUUCGGCUCAACGCACUUUGCAUCAGACGCCGCCUCCGCGCCAUAUGCAACACUAUCAGUUGCACAACGCUACACCACCGCCACACCCAGCCUCCGCGCAGGUUGCAAAUCGGCCGCCGCGCUGCGCUUCAACACCCUCCGCAUCGCACUACCAACAACGACAACAACAUCCGCAACAACAAAUACAACUGCAAGCAGUACACACCACACCGCAAGUACGCAUGUUGCAGCACACGCGCACACGUCAACCCGCCAUGCAGCAACUACAAUUGAUCCAACCGCAUCCGCAACCACAAACAGCAAAACCAAUUGCAACAAUCGCAGCUAAACCAAGCAAUGCCGCCAACGCCGGCACAUCCUCACAAAAAGUCAACUUGGUUUGUCGCUUCUGUCACAAACGCCCCAAGUUUACCAGCAAUCUCGACUAUAGCAAUCACAUUAUUGCCAUGCAUCCGGUGGAGACGCCAUUCAAUUGUCCCCACUGCCCGAUGCAUUUCACGCGUCGCGUAAAACGUCAACAACACAUUGUCGAAGAGCACGGCGCACAACGCUUCCAAUGCGCCCAAUGCGGCCAAAGUUUCUGCACGCAACGCGCACUCGAUCAGCACUUGCAACGCGCCCAUGCAUUGGAGCCAACGCAACCAUUGCAAACACAAGCACCAAAAUUAUCGCCCUCACAGUCACAGGCGGGCGGCCAGCAGCAACGUGUGUCGCGGCAGCAAACACAAAAUUUGGCGACCGCACAGCCGACGGCAACGCAUCAAUUGCAACACUCGCCACAGCGUCGCAAAUGUUUCCUGCAACAGCGGCCAACUUGGCUGGAGAGUCGCCAUCGCAACGCAGCAAUGGCCUCGGCAGCAGCGUCCACCAACUCGCAAACGUCGAUGGUGCGUGUCGAGGAUGUGCAUCUGCAAGUGUGCGACGAUGCGGCUAAAGGCAAGAAAUCCAUUGAUUUGCAACUGGACACCACGCAAUUGUCUGCUGAGUCUACAACACCAACAACACACAAACCGGCCGGCGGCAUGCACACGCCAUCGCCGAGUUCAAGCAGCGGCAAACCGCAACGCAUACUCUGCUGUCCCGAUUGUGAUGACCCUUUCAGUGAAGACCAUGCGCAUGCGCAACCAUGCGCAGCGCCGCAGCAGCAACAACAGCAAGAACUGCAAGCGCAAAUGCACCACCAACAGCAGCAGCAGCAACAACAACAACAACGGCACGGUGAAUUCCUCCAACAAUUAGAGGACGAAAGUACAUUUGAGGAAGAAGAACAACAACAAAGUGGCGAACAAUCACUGCAACACUGCACAAAGCGCGCACACGUCACGAUGCCCUCACCCGAGCAGACCGAACCUGACAGCACCUCCACCAAUACAGCAACUCUGCGACAUUUUCGCAAGCGACGCGCCAGCGCCAAAUUGGCUAGCAUGCCAGCCCUGCAAGCUGGUGGUGUUGGCGGCGGCAAUACAAACGCUGCUGCCGCGCUAAUGGGGGGCAAUGCGAACGCCAGCGAAGACGAAUUGUUGCUAAUGGAACGCGUCUUGCGCAACAGUCAUAAUUGUCUCUUCUGCGAUGCACGCUUCACCAAUGACAUAGCGUUGCGCAAACAUCAUCAGCUAGCGCACAGCAAUCAAGCCUCUAUGCCGUUUGUUUGUUCGAUCUGUAAGCGCGGUUUUCGCAUGCGCUCUGCCCUACAACGUCACAUGGAGACACACGACAGCGAGGGGCGACCAUACGAGUGCACGUUGUGCCAUGUGCGCUUUCCGCGCCCCUCCCAGCUGACGCUGCACAAAUUGACGGUGCACUUCCUGCGCAAACCGCAUGCCUGCGAGGUGUGUGGCAAGCAAUUUGGCACGGAGAGCGCACUUAAGACGCAUAGCAAAUUUCAUGCAGCGCACAUGAAGAGCCAUAUGCCUUUGGGCGUUUUUAUGUCCGACGAUGCCAUCCAGCUGCCACAACCGACGGCUGGUGUUGAGGCAGAACACCAACAGUCAGUAUCCGACUAUAUCGAAGAAGAGGAUGAGGAGGAGAUGGUGGCAGCGGUGGCGCAUGAAGAGGAGAUUGUGGUGGAGCAGCAGCAGUCGCAAAUCGAAAUUGAACAACCACAAGCGCAAGCUAUACGCGAACAACAAGAACUGGAGCAGCUGCUUGAAGAUGAGCAGGAACAAGACAUGGAGGAACCACAAACGGCUGAAGCACAUGUUGAUGUUGAUGAUGAAAUGGCCGGCACGCCAAUGACGAUGGAUAGUGUUGCUGAGCAGCAGGAGCAACAAGUGCUGGAUGAGCACGAGGCGACAGUGGGCAAUGAGUCAGCACUGCAACAACAACAACAACAACAACAACAACAGCAGCAACAAAAUGCUGAUGAAUUAGUGUUUGCGGCCAGCUGUAGUCCCAGCACCACAACCGGCGCCAGUCCGUAUGCCUUUGCGACAGAUGCCAGCAGUCAUUUUAAUCAAUCCGAUAUAAGCACCACCAGCAACACUGGCACCCAAGGCAACAACAGCGCCGCAAACAGCAGUUGCAUUGAAGCUGCUAACGGUUGCAGCAGUAGCGCUAAAUAGUCUCCGGCCAUUGCGUACAUUGUAGGCCAAAAGCCACCGACAAUUGUGCUCUACUAUUGUGCGGAGAAAUAACAGGAGGCGACGGUGUCGGAGGGGAAGGGGGAGCGGGUGAUGGAUUCGGUGAGCAAGCAAUAUGUUACAACUAGUAGUGCGACUGUGUAACCGCGCGGGAAGUGAGGGAAUGAGCACUUAAAUACGUCCUAUCACUCGCUUUUAGCCCUACAACAAAACCAACAAAUAUUGUAGUAUCUACUCUGACCUAAAUUGACUACCAUAUUACUCAAGCCAAUUUUCUUAUCCAGCAAUUCAAUGCUUACAUUUGUAUUUUCAAUUUGCUUAACUUAGCCUUGCGCUUGCGAGCUUUUGAAUUUUGCUAGAUAAAAAUUCAUUCAAUUAUUUUAUUUUAUUUAAGUUGGAGAAAUAUGAAAUUUUAAAGCAGCAUGUAUUAUUAGAUGCAUUACUGAGUCCAUAAAAAAAUGUAAAAUAAUUUAUAAAAAAAAAAAUUAAUUGCAAUUUAAUGAGUGUAAUUAUAAUUUUAUUGACUCAUUUAAGGCAUUAAUUAAAGGAUAAACUAGAAAAAUAAUUGAAAAAUAAAUAAAUUGUACUGAAAUGUAAAACCUUAUAAUAAUUUCCAUAUUUAUUUUAUAAAAUUAGAUUAUAUAAGCAUUACUGAAAAUUACUUAAAAUAUGAAUCAUAGCAUAUCAAGCUUUCCUUUAUUAGAUUUAAUUUGAUAUCGGCACAAUUUUGCUCUCCGCUAAAUACUAAUAAUUGUUGCUUAUUACGACUUUAUUUAAUUUAAUUAUAAUUAUAAUUAUGAAAAAUUAAUUAUAAAAAAAAUUUACUCUAAACGCACACCUACUUUAUUUAUAAUCAAACACAUUGUUUAUACUAAAUACGAGUACUUCAUACAUUCUCUUUUGUGUCCCACCAACCAAAUGCCAUUUCCAUUUUUCUUAUAUAAUAUAUACAUACAUAUUAUUGAUAAACACACUUCCAUUCAAUGAAAACUUUGAGCUGUAAUUUGCCAUUGCGCCAAAAAAUAUAUAUUUUGGAAAAAAAUAAAUAAAAAUCGUUACAUUCAAGCGCGUAAUUUUUAAGUAAAUGUAUAUUGUAUGUAUGUAAUUUUAUUUAAAAUUCAAAAUCAUAAUAAUUCAAUGCUUAGUAGCCAUAUGUUAUAUAAUAUAAUAAAUUCAAAUUAAUUAAAAUUAAAACAAAGCAUAAACUUAAAAAUUUUAAAAUUAUGAAAAUGUCUCCAGUUACAAAAAGACUUCAAAACAAAAUUUCCAAAUUUAAAAAAUAACUAUUGUAUGUAAACUAAACACAAACACAAAAUUAGAUUGUACAAUUAUCUGUGUAAGAAGCUUUUCAGCUGUGUUAAAUGUAAAUAUUGUAGCGAAAGUUACUAUAAUUGUGCAUAACACACGCUGAUGUAUGUACAUAUUGUCAUUGAUAUACAUAUUCGCCAUACAUCAAUCCAUUCCAUAGCCAUUAUUGCUAUGCAGUUGCUUGACGACCGUUAUGUAUGUAUAUUAUCAUAAUUGUGUGUUGAUAUGCAUUACAUAUAAAAAUCUCGUCCAGCUAUUUUCUUUAUAAAAAUAAUUCUUUGCUGUUAAUAUUAUGCUUAGAUAUCAUAUAAGUACUUAAG